AUGGACGCUUCUAUUGCGUCCGCUGUAGUCGUUCCCGACGAACUCUCAGUACCAGCCUCGCCCGUGUACAGCCAGAAAAGACGCCAGGAGUCAUUUUCAGACGACCCGGCAAAGCGCCCACGAAUCGAGGCCGACGAUCCAUCCGGCGACAACGGUAGACAUGAUUCCGGCUCCAGAGACACCAAGCAUGCCCCAGUGCGCCGCGAGAGAGGACGAGAGCGCAGGCUGUUCGGCGCCGUUCUGGGAGCGCUCUCACAGAACACUGCUACCACCGCACAGAAACGCCGCUUUGAAAUCGAGCAGAGACAGUUGGCCCAACGCAAGCAAGAAGACCACGAGAGCGAACAGAGGAGGGCUGAGCGCGCAGCAAGGCGAAAAGAGCAGCGAUGGAUAGAACAGAAGCGCUUCGAGAGGGAAUCAAUGCGCAUCCGUCAUGACAACCUCCUCAGCAUGGCUCACUUCCUCCAGACCAAGACAGAACCACGUCUCUACUAUAAGCCCUGGGAAACCAGCCCCGACGAAGACGACCGCAUACAAGACCAAAUAGCCGAAGCCAAAGAUAUCAUCAGACAUGAGGUGGCUGAAUACGAGGCUCGCCAACACGCGGAUAAUCAGCGGAAGCGGCACGCUGCCGACGAAAUGAACCGCCAUGCAGCAGAUUCCCAGACUGGUAAGAGCCAUGAUGCAGAUGCACCUCACGCAACAUCCACAGCCAAUGGUGCAACUAAUGACAGCACUGCUCCGCCUGAGGACAUGGAAAUAGACCGUCGACAUUCUGGCGAUCCCAACACCAAUACGGAAGCAAGGGAUGAACACACCACCGGGGAUACGCAAGAUGUCAGGGGUGCAAGUCGUGAUAUCGUCCCCGAAGAGGCUGCCAAGGAUGAUGAAGAUGAGAAUGGAGAAGACGUCGUAGAGGAGGCUGCCGAGGACACCGUCAUCUACUGA